AUGUCAAUUCCGUCUACAGCCAAUAAAAAACAUCCGUUUCGGAAUCGUUCGGCGUCCGUGUCGCAUAAUCAAUACGACGUCAAUGGUAUUAAUUUCGCAGAUAAUAACCUCGAAUAUAAAACGCCAUUAUGGCAAGAAAUAAAUCAAAGGAAUACAUCGAGGCGAAACAGCGUAGAUAUCAAAUCAACCGUUCGCCGAACUUUACAAGGUGUGAAAAACGCGUUUGGAACGCGUGAACCGUCAUUGAAAAAAUCUGCAUCGACACCAAACAUUGCGAAGUUGGGUAGUUUCAAAUCGAGGCUAUCGACUUUACCAGCACACCGACAUUUAACGGAAAACUUUUUGACACCAGAAUCUUACGAGCCCCGCCGUCGUAAAGUAUCGUGGGCUCGUAAAAUUGAGAAUUGGCUCGAUAACAACAAAUCAUCGAAUCAAUCUGGACAGCGUAAAGUGUCGUGGGCGAGUUCUACAGCUCAUAGCUUUGAUAAUAGUCAACCAUUCCUGGGUAAUGAGUUACGAAAUUCUUAUUAUUCUGAUGGCCAAUUAAACGACGUAUCAGAAAAUCAAACGGCAGAACAAAUCGCUUUACAUUAUAACAAGAUCGUUAAUCAAACUACACAAGGUAAUAUCAAUUGUGAAGGGAUCAACAAACAGAACACGAAAGAAAUUGUAAAAACAGAGGAAAUUUGCACACAAAGCGAUAUAAUGGAUGGUCUUUCUGCGAAGGGGAAAAUAAAUUACAAAAAUCAUCAAGAUUAUUUACUGAAUCCUCACAGAAGUUUAUACAGCGGAAAUAACAUUAAUAAUGAUUUUGAUUUAAACAAUAAUAACAACAACAAACUGAGCGAUUCAAUAAAUCAAUUAACAUACGCGCUAGAUGAUCUGAACAUGCUUGACGAGCAAAGAAGUAUAAGUAAAAAAGGACUGCAAAAAAGUUUAAGCGGUGAGCCUAGAAGAAGAAGAAAAUCAAGAAGAAGUACUUCAUCGGACAAUAACACAGAUUCUGACGAAUACGUCAGCAUUGAGGAUAUCCAAAAAAUAAUUGAGGAAGAGAUCCAUUACGAGCUGGAUGGGAAAUCGUUUAAUUCUAAAUUAGUUACCUUAUGGUGUAAAGAUAUUUCAAAUUCGGUUCGUGAUAAGUUAAAGUUUAUAACUAAAAACAAACGGAAAGUGGUUGUUACAACGUAUAUUGGAUCCAAAAUCAAUGAUAGUGGUGUCCACGUGUCUGUAAAAUGUCAAAAACAAAUGAAUACUGAUGACUUCUUGACUGUUGCCUUAGAAGGAGAGGACAUGGUGACAUGGGUGACGUUGCUGCUAGCUGAUUAUUAA